UUCUGAGGUCAGUAUUUAGUGAGAACAGAGAUAUUUUCUAAGGCAAACCGUGAGACGAACAAUUUUUUAAUUUCAAGUUCCAGCUGCCAACUUUUCUUUGCUAUGGCGACUUUUACUUCUUUUGCUUCCAUUAGAAUUCCCAAUCUCCAAUCCGGCAACCAACAUUCAAUUUUCGGGCCAAAUGGUAGUAAGAAAAUACAUAGUAAAUUGUUACGAUGCAAUGUUGAAAACUCAACAGGGAACUCAUCCAACAAUACUAGUACUAGCACUAGCAGCCAAGAUUCUGAGUCUGAAAAUUUGCUGCUCAAAAUGGCUUGGUAUAGUUCUGAGUUCCUUGGCAUUGCUGCAUCAUUUUUCCGUUCUCCGAAGGGUACUGAAGCUUCUUCAGAGGGGAAUUUGGAACUUGAAGCUGAUGGGUGUGGACUUGUUGAUCGUGCCCUUGUGGUUGAUACCAUUAAAGAUGACUUCCAAAGAUCCUACUUUGUUACAGGAAACCUGACCCUUAAUGCAUAUGAAGAGAACUGUGAAUUUGCGGAUCCAGCGGGUUCCUUCAAAGGGCUUAGUCGGUUUAAAAGGAACUGUACUAAUUUUGGUUACCUUGUUGAAACAUCAAAUAUGAAACUCAUGAAGUGGGAGGACUUUGAGGAGAAGGCGAUUGGUCAUUGGCGUUUCAGUUGCAUACUGUCAUUUCCAUGGAAGCCCAUUCUUUCAGCAACCGGUUAUACAGAAUACUAUUUCGAUGAGAAAUCUGGUAAAGUAUGCAGGCAUAUAGAGCAUUGGAAUGUACCAAAAAUGGCUCUUCUGAAGCAAAUCCUAAGGCCUAGUAAGGGAAAAAAAACCAGCGGAUGAAGUAACAGCUAAUGAUCCCUGUGAACUACAAGCCUCAAACUGGCUCAAAAACACGACUUGAACACAAAUAUAAACAGUACCAAUACACUAGAUUUAUACUUUUAAGGGGAGAAAGGUCAGUUUGUGAGUGGUGUCGAAAAAGAAGGAAGGAUGAGAAGAGAAGACUCUUGAAACAUGUGCUCUAGCGCAUUAAAAGGUCAAUACAAAAUGUUGGAGAAGUGGGGAUAAAUUUUUCUUGCAGCAUCUCACAUCCAAGAUAAGCUUUGGCAUUGAGAGAACUCUGGAGUCUCCCUUUCUGUGUUAAGUUGGUCACAGAUGUCAUCACAUAUGUUGAAUGAACUAGGCUUUUGGUACAUGUUAAAAACAAGCGUUAAGUAUCUGAAACAAAUGUGUAGCGUUUUAAGUGUAUGUAUAUAUUGUUUAAGUCAGUUCAACAGAUUUUCACAUAAGACUAUGCUGGUUCAUGAGGAAAAUAGAGAGAAUUAGACGUGUUCUCCAGUAUAUUCUGAAUCUCGGCAUUCUUUUUAGAAUAGAAGGAGGUGCUAUUAAUAUGUUCGGGUGAUAGAACAGUGAAGUUUUCAUUGAAAAACUUCUUUCAGUGUAAGUUUAUGUGAAAUCAGAUCUUGCAUUCUUUCUUG